ACAACCAAGAACAAACCGAAAACCAACAAGCGUGCAACAAUGGCACUGAACGAUUCCUUCGCCGGCGAGAUAGCAACGGAGCUUCUCAAAAUGCUCAUAUCAAUAUCUCGAAAAUCUCUUCUAUGCAGAACAAGCGCAGAGCAGCUCAGAUCCUACAUCGACGAAAUCCUCCCAACCAUACAAGAAAUCAAGUACACCGGCGUCGAGUUACCGGAGCAACGGCAGUUUCAGCUCGACCGUUUCUCGGAGAUUCUCCGUUCCGGCGUGGAGCUCUCUCACAAGGUUCUCUCCUCAAGCCGGUGGAACGUGUACAAGAAUCUUCAACUAGCAAAGAAAAUGGAGAAGCUUCAGAAGAACGUUUCGAGAUUCAUGCAAGGUCCCAUGCAGGUUCAUACAUUGGCUGACGUGCACCACACGCGAUUCGAGAUGGCCGAAGGGUUCGAUCGGGUGGAUAGGAAGCUGGAGAAGUAUUUUGGUGCCAUGAAGAUUGGUGUGGGAGGUGGAGGGUGGGUGGAGGAAGCUGUGAGGUCUUGUAUGGAGGAAGAUGAGAAUUGGGUUGAGGGUAAUUCUGGAAAUUUGAAUUUAAGUAUUGGUUUGGAUUUGGGGAAGAAGAGAGUUAUAGAGAAAGUUGUUGGAAGAGAGGAUUUAUGGGUUGUUGGGAUUUGUGGGAUUGGUGGAUCUGGGAAAACUACUCUUGCUAGAGAGGUUUGUAGAGAUGAACAAGUGAGAUGUUAUUUUAAGGAAAGAGUCUUGUUUCUAACUGUUUCACAAUCUCCAAAUGUGGAGCAGCUAAGGACAAAGAUUUGGGGACACAUCAUGGGAAACAGGAACUUGAAUCCAAAUUAUGAUGUUCCUCAAUGGAUACCGCAAUUUGAAUGCAGAAGUGAGGCUAGAACUUUGGUUGUUCUAGACGAUGUUUGGUCGCUCUCGGUUCUUGAACAGCUUGUGUGUAGAACACCAGGUUGCAAAUUUGUUGUGGUUUCUAGGUUCAAAUUUCCAACAGUAUUCAAUGAAACUUAUGAGGUUGAAUUGUUGAGUGAAGAGGAUGCUUUGUCUUUGUUCUGUCACCAUGCUUUUGGACAGAAAUCGAUUCCUUUUACGGCGAAUGAGAAUUUGGUUAAACAGGUUGUGAGUGAGUGUGAAAAGCUUCCAUUGGCUCUGAAAGUGAUCGGAGCUUCGUUACGAGAUCAAACCGAAAUGUUUUGGGAAAGUGUUAAAAACAGGUUAUCUCAAGGCCAAAGUAUUGGAGAAUCUCAUGAAAUCAACCUAAUCGAAAGAAUGGCGAUAAGUAUAAACUACUUAAGAGAAGAGAUCAAGGAAUGUUUCUUGGACCUUUGUUCAUUCCCUGAGGAUAAGAAAAUCCCUCUAGAUGUUCUCAUCAAUAUGUGGGUUGAAAUCCAUGAUAUUGAUGAGAAAGAUGCUUUUGCUAUUGUUGUUGAGCUCUCUAACAAAAAUCUUCUCACCUUGGUGAAAGAAGCGCGUGCUGGUGGCAUGUAUAGUAGUUGCUUUGAGAUCUCAGUUACUCAACAUGAUGUACUUAGAGACCUUGCACUUAAUUUGAGUAACCGCGAGACUAUUAAUGAACGCCGACGAUUAGUUAUGCCAAAACGAGAGAACGGGCUCCCCAAAGAAUGGAUAAGACGCAAACACAAGCCAUUCGAGGCACAAAUUGUUUCGAUUCACACAGGUGAAAUGAAGGAAAAUGAUUGGCCUAAACUUGAAUUUCCAAAGGCUGAAGUUUUGAUCAUAAAUUUCACCUCUAAGAAUUACUUUUUACCUCCUUUCAUAGAUAAAAUGCCAAAUUUAAGAGCAUUAAUAGUAAUAAACUAUAGUGCAUCCUAUGCUUGUCUUCACAAUGUUUCAGUUUUCAAUAACUUAACCAACUUGAGAAGCCUAUGGCUUGAAAAAGUUUCCAUCCCUCAAUUUGGAGGCAUUGUCAUGGAAAACUUAGGCAAGUUAUUUAUAGUUUUGUGUAAGAUUAAUAACAAUCUAGAGGGUAAAGAGGUAAAUCUGUCUCGAAUCUUUCCGAACCUCUCUGAGAUCACUCUUGAUCAUUGUGAUGAUGUAACUUCUUUGCCCUCAAGCAUUUGUAAGAUACAAUCUCUCAAAAACAUGAGUCUCACUAAUUGCCAUAAUUUGGCACAACUUCCUGCUGAAUUAGGCAUGCUGAGAUUUCUCGAGAUUCUUCGGUUAUACGCUUGUCCGGAAUUGAAAACGCUUCCUCCUAGUGUCUGCGACAUGAUUAGAUUGAAGUAUAUCGAUGUUUCGCAAUGUGUUAACCUAUCAUGUUUUCCUGAAGAGAUUGGAAGAUUGGUAAGUUUGGAAAAGAUUGACAUGAGGGAAUGCUCCAUGAUUAAGAAUGUGCCUCAGUCUGCUAUUUUAUUGAAGUCUUUGAGGCUUGUAAUUUGUGAUGAGGAAGUGUUUGGUGUGUGGAAAGAUGUUGAGAAGGCCAAGCCUAAUGUUCAUGUUCAAGUGUCAGAACAGUACUUUGAUUUGGAAUGGCUUAGAGAAUGAAUGGUGUCUUACGUUCUUGUGAUGUUUGCAGCCAUAUUCUUUGUAAAAAAGUUGUUCAUAAUUGUAUUUAAUGAAAGUUUUCUUCUUCAUGAACUUAUUCUCUUUAAGUGGUGAA